GCAGGAGGAGCGCAGACACCGGUGUGAUCAGGCGGGAGGAGAGGGGGAGGGGAACCGGCCGACGCUGGAUGUGUGUGCGCGCGUGCGCGCGCCGCCCCGGUGCUAGUCUCGCCGUCCUUUCGGAGCCGCUCUCCCUCCUCCUCCUCCUCGCGCUUGCCGGUCGGCGGAUCCACUCGAAGAAUAAGACGAGAGGGAGGAAGAUGUCGCGGAGCCUGUGGAUGGGCGAUUUGGAAAACUACAUGGAUGAAAAUUUUAUCUCCAGAGCUUUUGCCACAAUGGGUGAAACAGUAAUAAGUGUAAAGAUUAUUCGUAAUCGAGUGACAGGGACGCCAGCAGGUUACUGCUUCGUUGAGUUUGCAGACCAGGCUGCUGCAGAACGAUGCCUUCUUAAGAUCAAUGGAAAAAAGCUUCCAGGCGCUUCACCUCAGCCCAGAAGAUUUAAGCUUAACUAUGCCACUUACGGAAAGCAACCAGAUAACAGCCCUGAAUAUUCAUUGUUUGUUGGAGACUUAACACCAGAAGUGGAUGAUGGAAUGCUUUACGAGUUUUUUGUUGAAAAGUACCCCACGUGUAGAGGAGGAAAAGUGGUAUUGGACACUCUGGGAAAUUCUAAAGGUUAUGGCUUUGUGAAGUUCUCAGAUGAAGCUGAACAGAAACGAGCACUUGCUGAGUGUCAAGGUGCAAUUGGUGUCGGAGGCAAAGCUUUAAGACUGAGUGUAGCAAUACCAAAAACAAAUCGCGUAGUGAAGCCACCAGACUAUAGCCAGACAUAUACCUACAACUACAACCAGUAUUACCAGCCAUACCAGAACUACUAUACCCAAUGGGGAUAUGAUCAGUACACUGGUAGCUAUAGCUACAGCUACCAACAAUAUGGCUAUACUCAAAGUACCAUGCAGAAUUAUGAAGAAGUAGGAGAUGAUGCUUUGGAAGAUCCAGUUCCUCACUUGGAUAUUGAAGAAGCAAACGCACAGUUCAUGGAACAGAGUGAAGAGUUCUAUGAUGCCCUGAUGAAUUGCCAUUGGCAGCCGUUGGACAGUGUUGCAUCUGACAUCCCUGCUUCGGCCAUAGCCUAGCAGAUUAAUAUUGCUACUGCAAAGCCAUAUCCAGAUCAGAAACAUCAUGGGAUUUUUUUUUUUAAUCCCUUGGUUCUCAAGAUUUUCUGGCUCCGGCAUAAUUCUUGUUUAAUAUGGUUCUUACUGUGACAAAAUAGAUUUAAUAAAUGCUGCAUCCUCUUGUUAUUUUAUGCAAAGGUUUGAAGCAAAACAGUGAUUUCAGAAGAAAUGUUCUUCCUUAAUUUUUAAGAACAAAAAUGGAAUUUAUUCCCAAAAUUUUAGAGUUAGGGCUGUCCAAAUAACUCAGUCGCGGUUCAGGAUUAAAAUAUGCUUGUAUACAGGAGUAGGGUAGCCAGAGGAGCAAGCUACAUGGUAGUCUCACAACCAAGGGGUUCUGAUGACACCUUAGACCACCCCCCCCCCCCCCCCCAAACUGGUUCAAAAACAUUGUGCGAACCUCAAUAAUGGUAAGUGCCUUAUGACUCAUUUCUUUGCAUCUGUUGUUACUUUUAUGCAAUUUUGAGUUUUAGAGGUAAGGAGUUCAAAUAUCCACUGACACAAACAGAGGUUCCUUGCGCAAGGAUCUGAAGUAAUACCUUCAUGAAAAGUGUGACAUUUUUGAAGCAAGUUUGUCGAUUUUAUGACCUCCAUUUUUACAGUCUGAUACAGUACUGGUUCAUUUACUACAUUUUGUGUGUAUGUGCGUGUGUGUAUGUAUAUGUACAUAUAAGUCAAGACAUUUUGAUAUUGCUGAGUACCUGUAAUCCUCUUUUUUUGUCAAAAUCUAACCCUAGGCCAGCUAAAAAGGACAUUACUGACCCUUAACAAUUUUUGUGUUUUGUUGUAGUUGGGAUUAUUAAAAUAGAGGACAAAAUGGAAGUCAUGAUCAUAGUGAGUGUAGGAUAUUGGUAUAGUUUCUCCUCGUCAUCCAUCUCCAACCCAAGCUUUUGAGAUUACAAACUUGGAUAAACUACAGGGUCUGGGUUUGCUUCUGACUUUCAGAAAUGCACACAGCAGACCACACCUUUGUUGGGAAAGACGGUACAAUGUACCCUAGCUAAAGUUUAAAAAUAACAAUGAGAGAACGUAAGACUUAUUUUUUAAAAAUGCCACUAAUUCUACUGCUGUAUCCCUCACUAUUAUUUCCAGGUGUCCUUUUUUCCAGGGUAGUUUUGAUGCUCUAGUUGCACUCUCACUUAAAAGUACUACUGAGUUACAAAAGCAGGCAGUGGGACUUCAGAUCUGUAAAUUAAUGAGGGGUACAACAUAUAGGGAAAUUAUUCGUUAGAAAUAAAGUCGUCAGAUGCUUAUUUAAGGUCACUAAGUUCUGCUUGCAAAUGUUGACGUUUUAAUUUUUCCAGUUGUACUUUUAUUGAAAUUCUGAUUUUAUCAUACUCAUGAGCUUGUAAAAACAAAUUUAUUUUGUAAAAUAAAAUAAAGGUGAUUUUCUUUUA